GAGAGAAAGGGUUGUGAUCGAACACCAAACCAUGGAGAUUAAGAUACCAGAGGCCACCGUGAGGGAAGAAGAAGAGGAGCAACCCCUUAGUCCGGCGGCGCGCGUGUUCCACGCUCCAGAGUUUAAUUGUUACGUCAUAUCGGUGAUUGGUGUUAAGAAGAAGAUCGAGGCAGAUGUUAUUAUCGAAGGAUUAAAGCAAACUUUGAUCAGACAUCCUCGUUUCUCCAGUAAAAUGGUGAGCAAAAGGUACAAGAAUAGACAAACACAAAUAUGGGUUCGGACAAACGUCAUCGUCAGCGAUCACGUCAUUGUACCAAACAUCCAAACGCAAAACAUAGAGAACGCAAACGCAGACGAGUUUCUUGAGAGUUACGUCUCAGACCUCACGUUGAUCCCUUUAGACACCUCGAAGCCAUUAUGGGAGCUUCACCUACUCGAUUUGAAAACAUCCGACGCAGAAAACGUAGCCGUUUUGAAGUUUCAUCACUCUUUAGGAGAUGGUAUGUCUCUAAUGGCCCUUGUCCUCGCUUGCAUGCGUAAAACAUCGAACCCCGACGAACUCCCUACUCUACCGAACCAAACCCGUUCUUCAUCCCGAUCUUCCCGGUUAAAGUCCGGUUCAAGAGGUGAUUUCCGGUUCUUGUGGUUAAUUAUGGCUCUAUGGUCGGCGAUUAUGUUGGUUUUGAAUACGAUUUGUGAUGCGUUGGAGUUUAUUGCCACGGCAAUGUUCCUUAAGGAUACUGAAACACCGAUCAAAGGCGAUUUCCGGCUAAGUAAGCAUAAACGAAUGUCUUUGGUUCAUCGUACGGUAAGCUUAGACGACAUAAAGCUAAUAAAGAAUACCAUGAAGAUGACUGUCAACGAUGUAGUACUUGGAGUAACUCAGGCUGCUCUCUCGCAGUACCUAGAGAGAAGAUAUGGAGAGAAGAAGAAACUAGGAGAAGAUCAAAAGAAUUCAAAUGAUAUGCCUAAAAGAAUAAGGCUACGUUCAGCUAUACUUGUAAAUCUAAGACCCACAACUGGAAUCCAGGAUCUAUCUGAUAUGAUGGCUAAAGGAUCCAAGUGUAGAUGGGGAAACUGGAUCGGCUACAUAGUCUUUCCGUUUUCUAUCGGCUUACGCAACGAUCCAUUGGAACAUCUUCGAAGUGCCAAAAGGAUCAUCGACCGGAAGAAAAAUUCGUUGGAAGCUGCACUAACAUUCAUCGUCGGUAAAUUCAUGAUAAAAUCGUUCGGCGUCAAGGUGACAGCUAAUAUAAUAAAUAGAGCAUUGUCCAACACAACGAUGUCGUUUUCAAAUUUGAUUGGUCCUAUUGAAGAAAUCAGCUUCUUUGGACAUCCUAUCACUUAUAUGGCCCCUAGUGUUUAUGGCCAUCCACAUGCUUUGACGGUGCAUUUCCAAAGUUACAUGAACAAGAUGACGAUUUCUUUGACCGUGGAUCCAACGGUCAUAAGCGAUACUCAUCGGCUACUUGACGACUGGGAGGAAUGUCUAGAAAGCAUCAAAGCUGCUGUUCAAGAACGAGGCUCCAUUCAUUAGUAAUUUGAACGAAAUCUUUAUUCAUAGUUGUCAUCCAUUCAUUAGCUUCAUGCUGGCUACCAUGUUAAAUGAUAAUUAUUUUGCAAUAAAUAAACUAAUUACAUACAAACCAUCUGGUGGAAAAAUGAUCAUGGUCGAUUAUUUAGUUUGUGCCGUUGUCAGCGACUUAGUAGCAUGGUGCCGUAUGCAGAGGCGAAACCAGGUAGUAAGCACUGCAUAUGCACCCAUUAUUUUUCCACUUAAAAAUAAAUAGUGCAAAAACUAGAAGAAAAUAUUAGAAAUCGAGGAAAUUUUAUCUUUAGUGCACCAGUAGUUAAUUUCCUUCAGUUAGUGCACUAAUAUUUAUCUCGAAAAUAUAUCACUCAAAGGCAUUUUAGAAUUAUUUUAAUCGCAUGAUAAGGCAAUUUUCUUUAUUGAGACACUUUUCAUUAAUUGAAUCUUUUUAAUCAAAAUACUCUAAUUAACUUUCAACUACACCCACAUCCCAUAUUUUAGCGGGAACAAUUUCAGGCCACUCAUCCCUCUACUUUUUCAAUGGCUCAGAUUAUUUCUCCAGAAUAUGACGAGACUUAUAUCUACAUUAUCUCAACCAUUGGAUCUCCUUGUUUACAAAUCCAUUCAACGGCCCAGAUUAGUCUAAGAUAUUAUCUUCUUUAAUUCUCUCAUUACAUGUACUUUCUUUCUUGUUUUUUAUUUUUUGCUUACAGAUUUGCUCAAGUGAAUUACACGGAUUUUAUCAUCAGAUUAGUUUUCUAACUCUCACCUAACAAUUGUGAUUUUACAAUAGCUCAACUAUCAUAUCCUCUGACGAUUUUGCUUCUUGUUUUUUCUCUCUAUCUCUCUCUAUUUGAUUUCAGUUUCCUCUAAUCAUGAUUCAUGAUUAUCCGUCAUAAGUGAGUAUUUCAGCUUUCGAUCUUGUCUCACUACUGUUCUUCUCGUUAUCAAAUUUAUACUAGAGGGAAGAAGAGGAGAAGAAAAGUUUAUUUAAAAAGGGUUAGGCUGAUAUCAAGAUCUCGAGGACUAAUCUCUGUGAAAGAGUGUUGUAUGGUUACGGUAAUCUGAACUUCUAUUAUUCAUCUUCAAGUAAGCGCUUUUCAGAUACCUUGUGAAUAAGAAGAAAAGCCCAUGACGGAAAUGAUGACAAUAGUCUGAGAA